GACUGUGAAAGAAAAAGAACCGUGUGUCGAAGAAGUUUCUGUUGAAUCAGAAAUGGGUUCUUCAUCUUCCGGCAAAAAACGGAAAGGACAGAGAAAGAAAGAAGAAGAAGAAGACAUUAACGUUAACGCUAUCCCGGAGAAUUCGAGAGAAAUCGUACAGGCAAUGAAGGAAAUCAUGAAUUGCUCCGAACAAGAGAUUUACUCAAUGCUUGUAGAAUGCAACAUGAACGCUGACGAAGCCAUUAAUCGUCUUCUUUCUCAAGAUAGUUUUCAGGAAGUGGAGAGUAAACGAAACAAGAAGAAAGAGGCCAAGGAAAAGUCAAGAAUGGGCGAGAGUGUUCCGGUGGAUUUCAAAGAGGUUGUACAGAAUGUGCAGGAAAUUGUGAAGUGCUCAGAAGAAGAGACUAAAAAAAUGCCUGUAGAAUGCAACAUGGAUGCUGACAAAGCCGUGAAUCGUCUUCUUUCUCAAGAUAGUGUUCAGCAAGUUAAGAGCAACCAAGACGAGAAGAAAGAGGACACAUCGGAUUCUCAAAGAGUUGGUAGUAGCAACCAGAAUCGUGAAUUGAGGAAUGGCGGUGAUAAUUAUGUUGGUCAAAGUGGUGGAAACAAGUUUAACUCAGAUGAGACGAGUGAUGUGCAAGGAAUUCUUAAUCAUUUGGCUGGUUCAUCUACUACAGACAGUAUUCUUGGUCCCGCUCCUCCAUUGAACAGAAAUGUAUUAAAUGUUGAAACUAAGAGAAUGCCAACAAGCUCAGGUGAAGCAGUUCCUUUGUUAUCUGUGCCAUCUUCUAGGUUGAUACCUGCUUGGGGAUGUGGUACCUCUGGUCAGAAAACAAUGGCUGAUGUUUUGAAGAUGGGUUUAGCUUCAUCAAACGAGAGUGUAACUAAAGCUCCUGUCAAGGAUGAUUGUCCCUUACCUGAGAGGCCAAAUGAGUCAGCUGCUGCUAGAAGAGAUCAACUUCGAGAGUCUCCAUCGGUAUCUAACCAAAACUUGUGCGAUGAUGAUUUUGCUUGUCCAUUGUCUAACUCAGUUAUUGAGUCUGCUGCUGGAGAAGAUCAACUUGGAGAGUCUACUUCAGUAUCCAACCAAAAUUUUCGUGAUGACGACCAUGGAGGCUCACAGUUGUUGUCUGACAAUCACAGUAACAAAAAUGAUGUGACUGAAUUUGAACACAAUCAAAACAAAGAUCCACCGGUGUCUGUUGUCACCAGUUUACUGCAACUCCCUACAGAGAAUGAUGAGCCGGAAGCACCGGUUAAAGAGUUACAGCAUUUGAGAUUUGGUAAUUAUGGUUCUGGGAUGAAUGGAUCUGUUGUUGUGAAGAUGGGCAUAGCUUCAUUAAAAGAGAGUGUAACUAAAGUUCCUCUCAAGGAUGAUUGUCACUUACCUGAGAGGCCAGAUGAGUCUGCUGCUAGAAGGGAUGAGUCUGCUUUGUCUACUGCAGAAUUUAUCCACAACUUGCGUGUUGACGAUGUUGCUUGUCCGUUGUCUAACUCAUUUGUCGAGUCUGCUGCUAGAGGAGAUCAAUUUGGAGAGUCUACUUCUUCAAUAUUCAACCAAAGAUUUCGCGACGAUGACUAUGGAGGCUCACAGUUAUUGUGUGACAACGACAAUAACAAAAAUGAUGAGACUUACCUAGUGCAAAGACGUUCAUUUAUUGAGUCUGCAUCGGUAUUCAAACAAAACUUGCGGAACUUACGGGAUGACAGUGUUACUUAUCCAUUAGCUACCUCAUAUGAUGCUGAAAGAGAACAAUUUCUCAAGUUUACUCCAGAAAUUAUCCAAAACUUGCGGGUUGACGAUCUUGCUUCUCAGUUGUCUACCUCAUUUAUUGAGUUUGCUGCUAUUUCAGCCAAAGAUCCACCAGCGUCUGUUGUCACCAGUUUACAGCAACUCUCUACAGAGAAUGAUGAGCCGGAAGCAUAUGUUAAAGAGUUAAAGCAUUGGAGAUUUUGUAGUUUUGGUUCUGGGAUGAAUGGAUCUUGCCAACCCAGCGGUCUCCCAUCACGGUUCUUGGAUGAUGAUGACUCAGAAGAUAUAUCUGAUUUUGCAGAUGAUUUGUCGUUAAGUUACCUGAACACAAGAGAUGGUGAGUUCCAUGAAGAUGAAGAACAACGACUACGGAUUAAUGCUGCUAAUGGUCAGAUAGAACCUACUCAAGAAAAUCAAUACGAGUCUUCAUCUGCUAGAGAUUUCGUAUUUGAUAAUAGGCAGCUGUUGAAUCCUGUGGUGGCUCCUUUAAGCCUUCAGAUGCAGAAUAUUAAUACCUUCCCUGCUAUGCGUCAACAAGCAUACACAAGGGAACCGGAUCCUCAGUUCUCGGCUUCUCCUCACAAUCAGUCAAUGCCUACUACAUCUUCACUUUGUCCUAGGCUAUUGGGUUCAGUGACUGAGGUGCUACUAAACGCUUCUAUCAGUGAACCACAUAUGAAUCAACAAGCCAUGAACCACCAUUACUCUCAGCCUAUGGUUCCUUCAGGGAAUAAUGGUAAUAUGAUGAACUAUCCGUACUCUCAGACAACAGAGAAUGACACCUACAACAGGUCACCAUCAGCAUUUCACCAACAUGGUGGUCGUAACAACAGCAGUUACCAUCUUAGAUCUUUAACUGCACCGCUUCCUCACUACAGAAACAGUGUUCUUUCUCCAUAUGCUGUUCCUUUUGUUCCUUCCACUCACAGUUCCGCUUACGGUUCCACUAAUGGUUCGACUCAUGGUUUUGGCGUGUUGAUUGAUAACGCUCCAAACUUGAGGUUUGAGUAUGAAGAUGACUUCCACUCACAGUUUAGCAAUCACUUGGCAACACUUCAGCAUCAGAAUGGGACCUCAAGUAUGUGGACUCCUCAAGGACUCAACGACUCAGGAAGCACUUAUUACAGGUUAUACUCGGGUCCUCAGAAUCAGCAGUCACAGAGUUUGAGACAUAGCCAACAACAACAGCAGCAAGAACCAGAGCAGACUUGUAGAAGGAUUGGCUAAGAAAAUGUGGCUUUUGCUUUAACUAACCAUUCUUUGUAGUAUUUGUUAAUAUGCCUUAGCCUUAAGGAAAGCUCAAAUAAUAAUAUUUUCUGAUU